UUUUUUUACUCCCUCCUGAGGCGUGCGCUGGCGCGACAAGGAUGUCAUGGCUGCGCCAGCGUCGUCGCUGAGCUCUCGGUGUCGCUCGUAUUGACGCGUGUAAAGUGCGCAGGUCCUGUGAAUCUGAACAAGAAAUUGUGGGUACACUAUAUCACCCGGACAGCUGGCAGUCAUCUAAACAGAGCUACUCGCCACUGGGAAAUCCCACCAGCAAGCUGAACUCUCUUGGAUACGCAAGACUGUAAUAAGCCAGUGUCGUGAAAAUGCAAGUGACGUGGCUUUUUCUGUGCGUCGUAGCUCCUCUUGGAGUUCAGGGAGGCCUUAUAGAUUCUAUUAGGGAGCGCAAGGCGCCAAAAGCGUGGCGACGCUCCCAGGAAACCAUUAGUGAUGUUGUGAAUAGCAACAACGGUCUGGGAAUCAGUAUGCUGAAAGCCUUAGGCGACCAGAAUGUGCUUCUCUCCCCAAUAAGUGUGAACAUCGUUCUUCAUAUGGUACUUAUAGGAGCACGUGGACGCACGGCCUACCAAAUGUCCGCACAGAUGGGCAAUCCUUCUAGCUCUCUCAUGAGCGAACUUUUGCAUAAGAUGUCAUCUCCUGACGGAAACAGCAGGAAAGUAGCUCUGGAUCACGCCUCGGCAGUGCUCAUUCAAGAAGGCGCUUCCUUUAAUGCCAGCUACUAUCGCGAGAUCAACAGACUGUUCGACGCCAGCCUUGCCACAGUGCAAUUUGGUGAAGGUCGUGGAAGUGAUGUCGUCAAAGAGGUCAACGAGUGGGCCAGCAGAAAGACUCAGGGGCGUAUACCUCAGUUCCUGGAAGAGGUCCCCGAGGAGACAACGAAGAUGCUGGUACUGAAUGCCAUGUACUUCAAAAGUGACUGGAAGACCCAGUUUGAUCCCGAGUUCACCGACAAGCGUGUUUUCCGCAACGAGGACGGAACCACCGCAAACGUUCCCAUUAUGUUUGUCAUCGAGACGUUUGACUUUAGCCAUGAUGACGAGCUGAAUGUGGACGCACUCCGUGUACCGUACGCAGACAACCAGUAUAGCAUGAUCCUUAUGCUUCCGCGAAGCCGCCAGAGCCCUCUCUCGAGCGUCGUGCAGGGGCUUACUGCUGCGAAGUUAAAUGAAAUUAUCGGGGAGAUGGAGCCCGAGCAAGUUGAGCUGAGCCUUCCUAAAAUGAGUGUGCAGAAGAUGCUCAAACUACGUGCGCCGCUGGAAAAGUUAGGCCUGAGAGUUCCCUUCACUGAUGCGGCGGACUUCAAGGGAAUAAGCAAAGCUGAGGACUUGCGGCUCAACGAGAUCCUUCACAAAGCGGCAUUAGACGUUGACGAAGUAGGGACACGUGCCGUCGCGGCGACGCAAGCGCAGUUUGUGUCGAAGUCCCUCGUCCACUUCAAGCAGUUCACCGUUGAUCGUCCCUUUUUAGCGCUCAUUCGGCAUGAACCCACUGGAGCGAUACUGUUCAUUGCUCAAGUCUUGUCUAUGCAGUCGUGAACUAACGCGGGCAUUCGACGCAAUUUCGCUGCAAUUCAGUUGUGUGCAUAGAGUGGGAUUGUGACCGCGUGUGAGCUACCUGCAAUAUAUGCGAGUUAUCGAUCGUCCAAUGGCCAGAAUGUUGCAUACUAUGAAGGCCAUGACAGUGGUAUUUUUCAGCAUUGGCAAGCGCCUGGUUACCGGAGUGGCGCGCAUGGAGUGCUCUGGGACUGAAAUCACUUGAAGAGACAAUGUGGAGUGCUAUUGCGUGAUUGGCCUAUUUUUAAAUCCUCAUUACGCUGUCCAAUCAAACCGCAAUGCUUUCCUGUUAUUUGUGAUCAUUGUGCUUCUUGUUAUGUCUUCUACUUAUAUGUAUUUCACAUCGCUUUAGGCCGCGCACAUGAAAUAUAAAUAAAUGUACUACGGAUAUUGCA